GUGUGUUUGGGGCCAUUUGGAGAUAACUGGCUGCUCUGGGAGAAGGGUGGGCAGUGAAAUACCCUCAGGCAAGAGCAACUUUCUGAGCAGAGGCUUCACUUUCACCUAGGCUCCCAUGCCGCCCCAAAACCUGGCUCAGCAGAGACUGUUGAUCAAGGGGGGAAAAGUUGUGAACGAUGACUGCUCUGUGGCAGCUGAUGUGUAUGUGGAAGAUGGAGUGGUGCAGCAGGUGGGACCGAACCUCAACCCUGAGCCACCCACGGGACUCAUCGUGCUGGAUGCGACCAACAAGCUGGUGAUCCCUGGGGGCAUCGAUACUCAUACGCACAUGCAGUUCCCUUUUAUGGGUAGCAGGUCAAAAGAUGACUUCUAUACAGGAACAAAGGCUGCUAUAGCAGGAGGAACCACCAUGAUCAUCGACUUUGCCAUUCCUCAGAAAGGCUGUUCUCUAAUUGAAGCCUUUGAUACAUGGAAAAGCUGGGCAGACCCUAAAGUCUGCUGUGAUUACGCACUGCAUGUGGCAGUUACGUGGUGGAGCAACAAGGUAAAGGAAGAAAUGAAAAGUCUCGUUCAAAGCAAAGGUGUCAACUCUUUCAAGAUGUUUAUGGCUUAUAAAGAUCUAUACAUGGUCAAUGAUGAGGAGUUAUAUGCAGCCUUUUCCUGCUGUAAGGACCUUGGAGCAGUUGCUCAAGUCCACGCAGAGAAUGGGGAGCUAGUUGCACAGGGUGCAAAGAAGAUGCUGGCAAUGGGAAUAACUGGCCCUGAGGGGCAUGAACUGUGUCGUCCUGAAGAAGUGGAAGCUGAAGCUACACAGAGAGCAAUUACCAUAGCAAAUGCUGUAAACUGCCCCCUUUUUGUAGUCCAUGUAAUGAGUAAAUCUGCAGCAAGGGUGAUAAGUAAUGCACGAAGAGAAGGAAAGGUAGUUUAUGGGGAGCCUAUUGCUGCUAGUCUUGGCACCGAUGGCACCAACUACUGGAAUAAAGACUGGGCUCAUGCUGCAGCAUAUGUCAUGGGACCUCCGCUGAGACCAGAUCCAUCGACUCCUGGUUUCCUCAUGAACUUACUGGCCAAUGAUGACCUCUCUGUGACAGGGACUGACAAUUGCACCUUUGACAUAUGCCAGAAAGCUCUGGGGAAGGAUGACUUCACAAAAAUCCCUAAUGGAGUGAAUGGUGUGGAAGACAGGAUGUCAGUCAUAUGGGAAAAAGGUGUUUACAGUGGAAAAAUGGAUGAAAACAGAUUUGUAGCUGUUACCAGCACAAAUGCAGCAAAAAUCUUUAACCUUUACCCAAAGAAGGGGAGAAUUGCUGUGGGUUCUGAUGCUGACAUUGUAAUUUGGGAUCCCAAAGCUACAAGGACAAUAUCUGCAAAGACACAUCACCAGGCCAACAACUUCAAUAUAUUUGAAGGAAUGGUCUGCCACGGAGUCCCAGUUGCAACAGUUUCAAGAGGCAAAGUGGUUUAUGAAGGCGGAGCUUUCAAUGUCACAGCAGGAGAAGGCAAAUAUGUCUCCCGUCCACCAUUCCCUCCAUAUGUCUACAAACGAGUCAGGCAGCGGGAGCAGGUCUGUCAGCCUGUUCCUGUUAAGAGAGAACCAUAUAAAGACGUGGUCUCAGGAACAUCCUUCACACCAAAAUAAUAGGCUCAUUCCCCAGCUUUUGCUCUUGCAGAUAAAAGCAAAUGAAAUUGACCCUGCUGUCCCCACCAAAGCAGUGCAUUCUGGGUCCAACAAUCAAUCCGCAAUCAACUUCUCAAGAGCCAAAAUGAAACAGGAAUAACCAAUAAACAUUAUACUGCGCUUCUGCAUGAAAGUUGUUAUUGCAAUUUCUCUUUAAAAGGAAUUUCGUUAUUAGAACUGGAAGAUUCUUUUUAGAAAAUGGAGUAAUAAAAUAAUAACUACAAUGAUAAUGUGGCAGCAGCUCUGUAGGUUCUUAAAUGUAGGUAAGUUUGGGGAUGCUAUUUCUCAAUAUUUAUCUUUAGAAGGUAUCAGCUAACUUACAAAGUCAAAGCAAUGAGCAAUGUCCUUUAAGCACUUUUUUUACAUUCUUGCUCUGUUAGGUCACAGGAGAUGAAUUCUAAUUCUCUAGUUUCAUAUGUUAGGAAGAUCUCUGUUGUGUUUUGCAAUGCAGAGAAUUAUGAUAGCAGAUGCUAAAUUUGGGUUUUUGAUUUUCCCUUCCUGGGAAAAAAAAAACCCAAAACAGAAAAAUGCUGAUUCAGGGGAACUGUCACUAUUUUAGAGCUGCUGCUACAUCUCCCUGUCUCUGUCUUUAAAGGAGUUUAUACAUUUUGUCCCUGCCAGCUGCACAGCCAAGCAUUUAUUGGAGUGUUCAAGUGUUUCCUUUGUUAUACCCUAGGCAGACCUACAAUAACUAUACUGGUGAACUCACCUACAAUACUGUUUUGUGUUCUUGCUUUAUGGAGAGACACACACCCAUAACUUGAAGGCUUAUGAAGCAGGAUCACCAGAGCAAAAGCAUAAUGCAUUAAUUUCAAAAAACAUUUUUUCCUGAUGUAACUAAUAUUUUCUUUUUUGUAGGAUAGGAUUCCUAAUUUAAAAAAAUCUCAUUUGCUCAAUUUAUCUGAUUUCCCAUUUGAGAGGUAAUUGUAUUCUUAGAAACAUGACUCUGUUACCAUGUCUAGACAGGUUUUGCCUUGGAAACCUAGAAUGUUCUUUAAAGUUGUGUUUUCAGAUGUGAUAGCCCUUCUUUUUAAGCAACUGUCACUAGGGAAUAUUUAAGAGAGAAAUGAGGUCAACACAAAAACACCUGUACAGUGAGUUUAUUGUCCUAUAUGUAGAAACAAUAUAACCUGUACCUCUGCACAACGCAUGGGCCAAACAGGCACAGAAAGUUGUUCAUAUUUUCAGACACAGAAAACAUAUGAUAACUACUCUUAAUUUUACAGUGAAUGGCAGACUUGUAGUUCCUGCUAUGUAUGAGCUUGUAUGAGAAACAAACUCCUACUAGGUCUGUAGUUCUUGUGUCUCUAAAUAGCAAAGGAGAAUUUUCUUUGUAAGAUGGUGGAGGAUAAUCAAGGGGAUGCUCAGGAAGAGCUAGCAUGGGUUCCCAUUUCUUGGGUUGUCUUUGGGGUGGCAGAACAGCAAAACCAGCAUCCAGCACUAUUACAAUGACCAUUACAAGGGAGCAGGUCACUGGUCAGUGUAGACUUCCACGCUGCAAUGUUCUGCAUCUGAGUUUGAUGUCUAGUCUCCCUCUGUAAUCAACAGAGAAAAAGGUGCUUCUGGAACACUGUUCAUCUCUGCAUCAAGGUCUAAAACAGACUAGAUGAACCUGUCCAGAGUUGUCCUUCUUUGGGAUGAGAUGAGUAGUUUUCUUGCAAUGCCACCGCCUUCCACCUAGCCCGUCUUUGCCUCUCAGAACUGAAACUUUCUGGUAUGAAGGAUGCCUGUCUUUUCUUCUAUUUUAUCUCACCAAGAGUGCAUGUCAAGCAUGAAUCCAUUCUGUUUAAUCUUUUGCUACCUUAGAAGAAGAGCAGAAAUUUGGGAAGAGUAGCAGAAAAAGCAGGAGGGGAGAAAGGAUCUCUUUCUGCUUUUAACAAUAACUUGUAUCUGUGCGGAGACUAUCAUCUGAGGCUUCAGGUUUUAACAAUUAUUAGAGCUUUGCAAUUACACGAUAUACCUGUGAAACAAGUAAAUAUAAUUAGAAAUAGUUUACAGUUGUGAGAACUAUAGAUGCUCAAAGCUCUGGAAUCAGUCAAGUGAUUGAAUUUUCAAGUAGUUGCCUGAUGUUUAACAUCCAGUGUUGGCUUAAGUGAGUUGCUCAAGGUGAAAAUGACUCAAUUAUGACAGAAAUGAAACCCAGGAGUAAAGCCUGCCAGUCCUUUGGAUACUGUGGAUGUGCUCAGGGCUUGCAAAUGUCCUUUGGGCUCUUGGGACACCUACAGAGAUCAAAGUGAUACAACAAACUGCAGAUCAUGAAAGCCCAAAGGAACAAAGUUAGUGAUUUUUCUAAAAACAGAUGUUUUCACAGUGUGAUAACAGCAAGUAGUUUUAUGAGUUAUAUAAACACCCAUUUUGUAAAUGCAGCUCCUGUCCUGGUUUCAGCUGAGAGGGUUCAUUUUCUUCACAGUAGCUAGUAUGGGGCUAUGUUUUGGAUUUGUGCUGGAAACAGCGUUGAUAAUAUAGAGAUGUUUUUGUUAUGUGGACCUGUUGUUGAGCAGUGCUUACACAGAGCCAAGGCCUUUUCUGCUUCUCACACCGCCUUGCCAGUGGCACGGCUGGGGGUGCACAAGGAGUUGGGAGGGGACAUAGACAGGACAGGUGACCCAAACUAGCCAAAGAGGGUAUUCCAUACCAUAUGACAUCACGCUCAGCAUAAAAAGGGGCCUAGCCGGGGAGGGGGGUAGCAGCUCCAGGACGCGUGGCUUGGGGACAGUCCGGUUUCGGGACAGGUCUGAGCAUGCGGUCUGAGUUGUACGGUCCUUGGGUGAGAAACUGCAUUGUGUAUUACCAGUUUCGUAUACUCUGUUAAGUACUGUUUUGUUUUGUUCUGUUUUGUCUUCCCUUCUCCCUUUGCUAUCCCAGUAAACUGUCCUUAUACC